AUGUUGAAGGUCCUCAUUAUCUACCUAGCAUUAUGUUUUCUCACACACGCCGUCUACAUCAGCCGGUUGUCUCCAAGUAAUCGCAUCACCGCUGUGAAUAGAGUGCGGUCUCCCACAGCGUUCAGACCCGGAGUCAACUUGCAGAGCCUUCAGACCGUACAGAGACCUUGGACUUAUGGGUCCAUGCGAUUCCCAACGGUCGCGUCUGAUCGAGCUCCAUACGUUUUAUACAGAAACCAACCCCAACGGUAUGUCAUAAAGCACUAUGGUCCUUCUUCGCACCGGAAUAUUUUCACGCAUAGUCCAUGGAAGACCACGGCACGACUGCCAGCGAUGUCUUCCUUCACUUCCCAGUACGAGUUCGUGAAGCCUGCGUCUGCUGCGCAGUUCUUGUUAGACAGUGACGGUGGUGCGAUUCACACAAUACCAGCACCCAACCUCGGCCUGUCAGAGAAGCCGAUCGUCGUACUCGAAACGUCGGUAAAUCCCAUUUCAGAAAAGGCAAAGCCAUCAUACGAGGUCACCGAGAAAUACCCUGACGGUGAAUAUAACACAGCCAAAAUACAACCACCUGUUGGAUUUUCAAAAAAAAAAUAUUUUACAAGGCCGGCGCUACAAAAUUUGAUAAGAAAUGGUGGAGCAGAAUAUUCUUUUCCAUCACUUAGCUUCAACCAACAUCAUCGACUUGCACCACAGCAAUUCCAUAUGCAGAAUUUCAACAAUCUUCCGUCACCCCAAGACUUAAUACACACGGGCACAGAAGAAAUCUUUGUUCCUCCAGAUGCACUUUAUCAAUCGGAUCCAAUGUUUUUACAAAAACUUCAAGGUCAACUGAUGCAGAGGUUCCCUGCCCUAGAAUUCAUUCCAUACGCUCCAGACAUGACAUACCAGGGCCAUUUACAACCUCAACAACAAGCUUCACAAAAUCACCCACAAAUAGUUUCACUUGAAAAUGAACAGCUGGAUAAGCCCCUCGCAAUACACGUACCAAAACAAAGUGAAGAAAUAGAAACUCAAGAAUCUACUGUUGUGACUUUGAGUCCCCAGGCGUUUACUGCUCUAAAUACAACGGUCAAGCAAAUUGAAGAAACCACACCACAGCAACCACAGAACAUUACCCUAGAGCCAGUAGCAGUGGACUCACAACCGCUUACUACUACGAUAAAAUAUGGUAUUGAAACAAAUACUGAAGAACAGAACACGACUCCUAUUUACUACGCACAAGUUGGACAAAGCGUUGGCAGUGUUAUAGCUAAUGGAUUUUACUCAGCUAUUAACGAUGUUAGAGCUGCAGCAGCCAUGGCACAAGAAAAAGCUUCAGAAGCAACACCAACAAAAACGACUGAAGAUAAAACCACGACGACGACGACGACGACAAUUCCGGAUUUGAAAGCUGAUUUUGUUAAAAGUGAAGACAAAUCUGAAAAUAAAACGACAACUGAAUUGAAGCCCGUAAAUGUAGCUUCCACUUUAUUAAGGCCAGAUGAUAAGCAGUCCAAGGUAAACGAAGAAGGGGCUGUGUAUGCUGGGCAAAUUGUUGAGGCAACCAUUAGUGAAGAUCAAGAUUUUAACAAAGAAAAAAAAAGUCUUAUAUCCAAGAGAGCUCCUAUCAGAUUAUUCGCAAUAGCAGGCUCAAACAAUAUCUCAAGUGCGUCUAAUACGGCAUCAAUACCAGAAGUGACAGUGGUUAAAGCUAAAAUUCCUGCUAAGAGUAAAUUAACAUUUGAUGAUAAAACUGGUGAGCCAAUUUUAAGGAUAUACGCUAGUUAUGUCGACACUCCCUCGCAGAAAGACGCUAUAAUAGCAAAACUAUCAACUCUAAAGCCAAACAAAGACAGCAUAAUCAAACGAGACUUGGCCGAAAGCUGGAAAGGGGCCACAGUUAAAUCGACUGCAAAGACCCAAGGAUCCGACGCAAACCAAGGGACUCAAUUUGGUUUAAAAUUAAAACAAAGGAGUGAUGAUUAUAUACCAUUGUUUGAAGACUACGAUGACUGA